AUGGCUCGAUUUCUGAAGGAACAACAGGCCACGGUUGUAACACCUACUCCAGUGGUCGACGACAACGUUGGAUCGCGGGACGUGGAGAUGGAAUCAGCCGGAUCGCCGGAUCAAGAUCUCUCUCAGUGGGAAUACGAUCCGGACGACAUUGAUCUACCGAGUUCGGCCCCUGCUGCGGUGGCCACCGCUGCCUCAGGAUCCACUGGGUCCUCAUUGAUCCAGCGUGUGCGGAUUUCGGCGAUGUCCGAUCUUAAGGAGUUCAGUGGCAAGGAUCAGGACGAAGACCGCGCCCGAUCGUGGAUCAGCAAGGUAAAGUCGGCGUUCCUGCGAGAUCAGGCUACGGACGAAGAGAAGUGCCUGACUUUUGCUGAUCUACUGACGGGCCCGGCGAAGAACUGGUACCACCAGCUGGGCCGAUCGACGCGGAACAAGUGGAGCGAUCUACUCCGGAGUUUCCAGAUCCAGUAUUGUGGCCUGGGAGUAUCGGUCGCUUGGCAGUAUUACCAUUCUCGCAAGAGAUCAGAUGAAUCGCCGUUGGAGUACCUCUAUCGACUGAAUGUGGCGGCUCUGCGUGUAAGCUUGAAGAUCAAGGACGGGGAUUCCAAGGCCCGUCGAGAACAUGUCGAACACUUUAUCGAGACGCUGGGCGAUCCGGAACUGGCCGAUCGGCUCACUCUACUCCGGCUUGCGGACGCAGAAGAUCUGGAGGAAGUCCUGCGCGCUCAAGAGCGCGCGAAGAGCAGACAGAAGCGAUCUGCCUUUGGAUCGAAGUACCGUCAGAACGUUCCGACCUCAGCACCAGCUGCUGCAACCAAGCGGGCAGUGCGUGCAGUGCAGAUCGCGAGCCAGGAGUCUGAAUCGGACACGGGAUCAGACGGAUCGGACUCGGAGGGUGAUCUACGUCGCGUUUACCUAGCGUCGGCCGAGGACAAGUCCCGCAACGCUGGGGGCGACGCGACGAAGCCGGAUCGAAGCAACCAGGCGCAGAUCAACCAUGACCCACCUCGAUCGGAUCCACGAUCGCGAUCUUCACCUGACGGAUCGGAGCGAUCAAACCGCUGCUCACAUUGUGGAUCGCGGAAACACACCGAUCUCGAUUGUUGGAGACGUUUGACGUGCGAGAAGUGUGGCAAGAAAGGUCAUCCGGCGGAUCGCUGCCUGUUUGUGUGCCGUGGAUGUGGUGAACUACACGAGAUGGGCAAGUGUCCGAUGGAGGAAUUCUACAACCAGAUCCGUCAAUGGUUCAACCCGGUGAAGCACGCUGGCAUGUUGCCCGCGAUCGCCGAGAAGAUGUUAAACUAG